GAAAUGUCGUCGCUUGUGAUUCGAAAUAGUCUUACCAAGAACAAGGAGCCUUUUCGUCCUUGGAAAGAAGACUCCAAACUAGUUACGUGUUAUAUUUGUGGUCCAACUGUAUAUGACUCUGCACACGUGGGUCAUGCCAGAAACUAUCUGUCUUUUGACACUAUUCGGAGAAUUCUUGAAGGAUAUUUUGGCUAUGAGGUGGAAUUACAAAUGAACGUUACUGAUGUCGAUGAUAAGAUAAUAAAGAAAAGCAAAGAAUUGAAAGAAGAUUUUCGAGUUAUUUCGGGGCGCUAUGAACAAGAAUUUUGGGAGGACUUGGACAAACUUAACUGCAUUUUUCCGACAUACGUUAGUCGUGUUACAGAUUACAUUCCAGAAAUCAUCACAUUUAUUGAAAGGUUAGUGGAAAGAGGCUACGCUUAUGAGGCCGAAGGUUCCGUGUAUUUUGACGUGCAAACUUUUACUCAAGCUGGUUUUAAAUACGGACAACUGGAACCUACUUCCGUUGGUGAUACGGAACGUUUGAUGGAAGGAGAAGGUUCUUGGGCCUCUCAACAGGCUCGUUUAGAGAAAAAAUCUGCUGGUGAUUUUGCUUUAUGGAAGAAAAGUCAAGUGGACGAGCCUGGUUGGCAAUCUCCUUGGGGCUACGGACGUCCAGGAUGGCAUGUGGAGUGUUCUGCAAUGGCAAGCUGUAUAUUUGGUUCUCAUCUAGAUAUGCACUGUGGCGGAGAAGAUUUGCGAUUUCCACACCAUGAAAAUGAGAUAGCUCAAAGUGAAGCUUAUUUUGAGAAAGAUGGAUGGGUAAAGUUUUUCUUACACUCGGGUCAUUUACACAUUGAAGGUCUUAAAAUGUCCAAAUCUCUGAAAAAUUUUAUUACUAUUCGAUCGAUUUUAGAGCGGUACACAGCUAGACAGCUACGGCUAUUUAUACUGCAACAUCAUUAUACAGCGAGAAUGAACUAUUCGGAACAGGGAAUGCAGGAAGCAGUAAAUGUCGAAAGGUUCUUUGCAGAAUUCUUUCGAAAUUUCUUUGCGUUGGAAAGAGAGUGGAAGAAGAAGACUAAAAUGUGUCGAGGACAGAAAUAUGGAGAGAAUGGGCUGUCUUCGGAGUUCAGAAAACGUAAAGAAGAGAUCCAUCAAGCCUUGUGCGAUGAUUUCGACACACCUCUUGUGAUACGUUCACUUCAAGCUCUAGUGAAAACUACGAAUUUGUAUAUACAAUCGGAAACUAUUGAGGACAUAGACUCAACACUAAUGACAAAUAUUGUCAGAUACAUAACAAAGAUACUAACUAUCCUUGGUUUGGGACGACCUUCUUCUGAAGAGCUGGGUUUUGGGAACGAAGUGCCAUUGCAGAAAUAUUCAAAUCAGGAAUUUGUUUAUGGUUUGAUUGAUAUUUUCGUUGAUUCCAGAGAUACAAUUAGAGGUUUAUUGAUUCCUCUGCUUAAACAGUGGCAGAAAGGAACUGCUUUGAUCGAAAAAGACUUUUCAAGCUGGAGUGUGGAUCGUAUGUUUGUUUGCAUACUUAUACGUACAGUAAUUUUUCUGUUUCGUAUUGUCCAUUUUUUUUCUGAAGAACUUGAUGCUUGUUUCGAAUCUUUUCAGGAAAAACUUUGGUUGUUAAAGGAUAAUGAGGAUUUGCAAGCAGAAUCAAGGAAACUCUUUGCAACAUUCAUGUCUCAAGGAAGUCGUGAGACUGAACAAUGUUUAGACAAGCUUUUGAAUUUACUGGUGAAACACCUUGAGUCACUAUUGACCACCGAAACGCAAAUUUCUCAAUCCUCCAGAGUUGUAAGUGGCUUGUAUUGUAUUAAAACAGUCGUGUUUCAGUCCUUCGAAUCGAUUUUUAACUUACUUGACAAGUUGUCUGUGGUCAAAGUGUCCCAAGAUGACUUGAAGUCGUUUUUGAGUUACUUCUCUCAAUUUCUUGAGACAAAUGAUGGAAGCGAAGCAAAACAACAAUUGCUAGUAGCUGCUGCGAAGUGUCUUUUAAGACCAUAUUUACAACCAACCAAAUGCAUUUUGGAAGAAUUGGAUAAUAUAAGGGAUAAAAAAUUGAUCGAAUAUGGUAUUCGUAUAGAAGACAGUAGUAAGGGUUCACGUUGGAAGAUGGAAGACCCUGAAGAACUGAAAAAAGAGAUGGUUGCCAAAGAGCAACAAGAGUCUGCAAAGCUUGAAGAAAAGAAAAGAAAGCAAGAGGAAGCACAGAAGAGACUCUUAGAGGAGCUUGAUCGUGGACGUGUUCCGCCUCAUGAAAUGUUCAGACAGGGCAAUUGGCAAGGCCAUUUUUCAAAAUAUGACGCAGAUGGGAUCCCAACUCAUGAUAUCGAGAACAACGAAAUUCCAAAGUCGCAGAGAAAAAAGUUGAUGAAGGAAUAUGAAAAGCAACGAAAGCUUCAUGAAAAUUAUUUGCGCUCAUUGAACAAGUUCUAAGUUGGAAAAACAAAGGAAAAUAUCCCAUUUCUCAAGACACUCAUUAUGGAUGGCUUGUGUUUUCGAUAUUAUUCAUAAAGUUACUUUUCUUGAUGAAUUUCUUUAUAGAGAGAUCCACUAUGAACUCUUGCUUAUAAAACUCUUUUUGAUACG